UCCGUCAACUCUAAAUUUAUCUGAAAAAUACCAGGCUUUUAGUGUUAUUAAAUUGCUGAUGCAUUACAACUGAUUUCAUAUAUCGUUUCAAUAGUUCUACACAAGAAAAUUUGGUGUGUGUGACUGCAAAUUAAUUUAUUGGUGAAUAGCAAGUGGUCACCAUUGUCCAGUAGACAAAAGAAAUGUCAUGUUGAGGAAAUUUCAUGUCGAUUUAAUGUUGUCUUUGUGGUCUUAGUACUUUAACUACUCCUGUACUGUGCUUUAGAAUUAGGAUAUAAGUAAAGCAAUUGUUCAGGAACUGUUAUAUAUGGUGGUGAAUAUAUAAGUAUUUUUCUUUUAAAGGUACUAGGUAUUAAUAAAGCUUAUAUCUCCAUGGUGGUGACUUAUUUGUAUAAUACUUAUUAAUACUAAUCAUAUAUAACUUAAAGUUACUUAGCACUACGAUCACAGCCUUAUCUUUCUUUGUUAUCUUUUACAAAAUCUCAAGAAAUUGAGUCAGGUUCCCUGUUGUGCAUAUCUUCAGUCAGGCAGACAGUGAUGCUUUCUUAACCACGUGCAUCAAGCGGUCAUCAGGUGAAGAUAGUGGUAAAACAGUACAGUGCUUGACAAGAGUAGUGCGGCUUAGUACCAACUUGAAGGAAUUUCUUCAUAGAAGAUAAAAGCUUUCUUACCUUAAGAAACUGACAAGAAAAUGCAGGAAGAAUACAUUUCACGAAAUUUCACUUUUAUGAUUUUUUACAUUUUCCAUCUCCAGAGGAGCUGCUUCUGUCCACCGCGUUUAUUUUCGGAGAUCAGUUACAUUCUAUAACUCAUGUUUAUUAUUUUGAUCAUAUAUAUAUAUAUAUGUUUUUUUAUUUAAUUUGUAAUUGUAUAAGUUUAAAGUUAUUUAAAAUAAAAUACCAUAUUUUGACAUGUUUCCUCAGAAAAGUGAAGGAUUGUGUAUGGUAUUAAGGUGGAGGAGCAGCAGGUAUGAGUUAUCUCACCACAGUGUAAAGUUAAGGCAAAGACUAUUUAGAAUAAAGAGGAAAGCAGAAGAAUGCUUGGAAGAAAAACUUUUUGAACAUUGGUGUCAUAAAACACAAAAACAACUUUAUUUUUUAUUUUAUUUAUUUUUUCAUUUAGGCAUUUGUUGUCUCGGUGUGUUUAGAAAAUGGAAAAUACCAAGAGAGACAUCUAUAAAGCUCAGAGAAAGAUAAAAAGAUGCAUCAGUAUUCUCCAGAGUGACAUGCCCGAUAUACAUAUCUCCCACAUUCCUACCAAGCAUGUUUUCAUAGCUAAUGCUGGGCUGACCACAAAUGCUGAUGAAUCUUCACUAGUUGAACUGAUCACAUCAAUUGGAUGUGGACUUGAGGCUCUCACCUUGAUCCCCGGCAAACAGUACAGCUUCGCCUCGUUUUCAUCGUGUGACCAAGCCCAGACUGUUUUGAUGGCAGCUCACGGGCAGCUUGACGUACGAGGUUCUGCUUCUCCUGUAUACAUGUCCUAUGUAGAUAAAGUGCCAACAGAUCCAUCACCAAUUCAAUUCAAGUUUCCACCAGGAUUGAUGGUGGUGGAAGAUUUUAUAUCAGCAAAAGAGGAGAUACAGUUGAUGCACUUAAUUGACUGGGGUGAUAAUCCUCUUGAUUCAGCUGAAGGAAGUGUACUGAAACACCGUCAAGUUCGCCAUUUUGGCUACGAGUUUAAAUACAGCAGUAACUCUGUUGACAAGGAACAUCCUUUGGCUCAGAGGAUCCCACCAGUCAUGACUCCCAUCAUUCAGAGAAUUGUUGAACAAGGUUAUAUGCCAGUUGGACCUGACCAGUUGACUGUCAAUAGAUACCUCCCAGGCCAGGGAAUACCAUCCCAUGUGGACACCCACAGCUCAUUUAUGGAUGAGAUUUUGUCCCUGAGUGUAGGUGGAGGGGUUAACAUGGACUUCCGCUAUGUAUCUGGUAAUAGUAAUGAAGGAACCAAGGACAAACCAAGCCACUAUGUUGUUUACCUCCCUCCAAGGUCACUCUGUGUUAUGACUGGCCCAGCAAGAUAUGAGUGGUCACAUGGGAUAUGUCCACGUAUGACAGAUGUUGUGCCAAAUAAGAAUAGCACCACUGGGCUACAGCUGUUGCCACGUGAAGAACGAGUUUCUUUUACAUUCAGAAAGGUUCGCCAAGGAGAAUGCUGGUGCCAAAAUGCCAGUGUUUGUGAUUCUUACAACAAAAAUUCAAAGAGUGUACCACAAGAUGAGAAAAACAAGUGUGCUUCACCUACUAUGUUAGAUGACAGGAUUGCAGCCAAGUUGGAAAGAGAACAUGUGCUUCAAGUAUAUGAUCAGAUAGCUAGUCACUUCAGUGUUACCAGACACAAACCAUGGCCACAGGUGUUAGAGUUUGUUUGUUCAUUACCACGAGGGUCAAUGUUGCUCGAUGUUGGAUGUGGAAAUGGCAAAUACAUGGGUCAUAACAGACAAGUAUUUCAGGUUGGUUGUGACACCAGUUCAGAGUUGAUGAAAAUCUGUUACGCUCGAGGCUUUGAAGUUUUAACAUCUAAUUGUUUACAGUUGCCAUAUAGAGACUCGUUGUUUGAUGCAGCUGUGUGUAUUGCUGUCAUCCAUCAUCUGGCAACUGAGGAACGCCGUCUUGGUGCAAUAGCAGAGAUAGUGAGGGUACUCAGCAUUGGUGGACACGGUCUUAUAUAUGUAUGGGCCAUGGAGCAGCAGAGGGGCAAGAAAAAGUCAACAUAUCUCAAGCAAAACAAAGUUAAUAGACAUGACACUCAAUAUGAGGAAUUAUUAUUGAACGAUGAUGAGAAAUUGAGAAUAAAUGAACAAAAUAUGAGAAGGAAAGUUGUCUGUGAAGGACAGUACAAUGAAAGAAAUCACGACAGUAUAAAAGUUGGUACAUCGGGAGCUUCUUCUCUUCCAUUACACAUUAAUCGUACAGAAUUUAUGCAACAAGAUAUGCUUGUACCAUGGAAACUUAGGCCUCUAAAAAAGAAGGAAUUAAACUGUGAUAGGAGAGGACAAUAUGAGAAGGAAUUUGGAACUUCUCAUAGAUGCAGAGAUAACAGACUUCACACGAAUGGACCAUCUGCAGAUACUCUACAGACAACAAUGUUGGACAAUACGGUGAAAGAAAAUGGCCAAAAUAAGUCAAAUAGAAAAGGCCUCCCUACAGAAACUGGCCCAGAUCCAGUUUUCCAUAGGUUUUACCAUGUUUUUAAGCAAGGAGAACUGGAAGCUCUCUGUACUAGAUUAAAUGUUAAUAUAGUUAAAUCCUAUUAUGAUGAAGGAAACUGGUGUAUAAUUUUUGAAAAAAUUAGUUGAAGAAUGCAUAUCUAUUACCAUUGUUGAAAUUUGAUAAUGCUUGCUAGAUUACUUGCACUUUGAAUUCAAAUUUAACUUUGCAUGAGAUGCAGUUGUUGGCGAUAGUCUUAUAAUCUACACAAGAAGCAUUCCAAUCCAGUUGUUGAUGCCUUGAUGGAGUCUGCAUAAGUAAGGUCAGUAAUGUGAGAAACUGUGGCUGACUCAAUAUUAUUAUCUAAUGAUAGAAAACAGGACUUCUCUUAACCACAUAUAAUAUUGUGCUGGACUUGCACCAGGCUUUCCACCUGAUCAUUGAAGAUGUUUUAGAACUUUGUACUGCAUUGAUACAUGGAUGGAUGUUUGAAAUAUGAGUAGCACAUGAAUGCCAGUAAAAAAAUGUGCAUGGCAUCUUUAGCAUUGUAAGUACAGUAUAUUCAUCUGGAGUAUUUUCUCGAUGCCAAGUUACAAUAUCAGCCUCCUUGUCUCCCAAGUGCAUUUUUUCUUCCUGUAAAUACUGUACUAGUUAUCCAUUAAAACAAGACCUGCUUUGAUCAGAGUAGUCAUCUCUAAUGCAUAUAAGUAAUUGAAUGAAUAAUCAGUAACAUGUAAAAAUUAAUCGCAUCAUUUUGUGCUCAUGACAUCUUAAUGGCAGGCUAGUAAGUUGUUGAUAGUUUAAUAUUAAAUAAACUUGAAGACAAGUGGCAUUAUAAAAGUUAAGACUGUUGAAUUUCCAUAAAAUGGAGUACAAAAGUGUGAUCCAAAUAGAUGCAGUCAUAUUAAUGAAUGUGACAGCCUGCCUUCAGCUGUGUGCCACUACACCAUAAAUACAUGUUAAUAGAUACAAUAAUCUUCAGCAUAAAGGAUAUCUCAAAUCUCAUGUGAUAAUUUUAGGUUUAAUGAACUUUCUACUCACUGCCGUUAUAGCACUGCCAUCUUAGCUUAGAGAUAGAUUAUGAAAAAAAAUCAGCAUUUUUAUACUUCACUAUCAACGAAAGAUUCAAUAAAGCUCACAUUCUGGAAGGUGACUGAAAGUGUUUCUCUACCAAUGAUAGACAACUAAUAGUUUAAAAUUUUAUUAACUGAUUUUUUGUAAAACUUGACAAUAUGUGGUACAGGUAUUGUAACAUUAUUUUGUCGGGUAUUUUGAGGAAUAUAUGGGAAACAUUGUAUGUUCCAUUCAGUGAUGAAAUGGCAAUACAUUUCAUAUUCAUAUAUGGAGUUCUGUUGGUGUUAUUAGUCUUUGGUUUUAAAAAUAUUAUUGACUUAAACUUUCUGAGGUGUGCAAGAUGAGAUUUUUCAGAUAGUAAUCAUUAGAUUGUAAGGAUUUUAAUGUCAUACUCUUGAUGUUUCAGAUAGUAUAUAUGUGACCCUUGCAUGUGAGCUAAGUAUUGUUCUGUAGUGAUUAAACCAAAAUUUUAGAACUUCUGAGAUACUUUUCAGAAUAUAUGGUGCAAGAGGUUGUUGUGAUAAAAUUACAAAGUGAAUGUAAAGUUGAACUCGAAUGCAUCCUCAUUCUCAUGUGUCAUCACUUUGUUACAUUCAUGUCAUGCUUGUGGUAAAUGAACCAUGUUGAGGCUUACUGACCACUGGCCAGUGAUUUAAACAACAGUAUCUGAAUGAAGUAUUCUAUAUCAAUUUUCGGUAAUAGAUAAGUAUCAUCCCAGUAAUUGUUCCACUUGUUAUCUCCCCGUAUUAAGAGUAAGGUAAAUGUAGUCAUUAUGCUGAGUGUUUGUGAAUGCCUGUUGUGGAUUUUUCCUUUGUAACUGCUAGCCAUAGAGGACUGACCUUUUGUGUGUAUGUUCAUUAGUGUAAAAAGUAUUGCAUAGCUGAAGUUGGGGUUAACUGAGUGCAUAUUGUAAUAUUAAGGAAACCUUAAAGGAGUCCAGGGUAUUUGCUGCCUCCAAUUGCCUCAUGAUUGUGGAGAAGCAAAGGGUCAAUUCAGUACCCAUAGGUCUUGUAUGUCAAUACUGUAGGUAUUUUCCUCAUAGAGUUUGUGAGGAAUCAGAGGGUAUAGUUUCUUAGCCAACCCUCAUUCUUUUGAGCUUUAUUUCUUAACAAAAGCAAGGGUCCCCUGCCUCACCUAUGUGAUAAUCAGGCAAACUUGCAGGAAUCUUCAGCUAAUGUCUUAGUGUUACUGAUGAGUCUCAGUGCCAGUAGGGGAUGGGAUGGUCAGCAACAGACAUAUAGUAUUUGGAGAAUAUUGUGCAUGUUCCACCUGCUGUGAUGCCAGAAGAGGCAGACAUUUUAUAGGUAGCAUAAGUAGAUAGACGAUUUCUUUAGAAAUGAUGUCGACUACAGAAGUUACUCAGAAUAAGAUUACUGUAUUUGCUUAUUAGCAAGAAAUAAUUUUUUUUAUUAUGAUAAGUAAAAAGGCCUUAAUUUCAAUUCAGAAAUUACACUAGUGUUGACAAAGAGAAACUUUACAUCAGAUUUAAAGAAACCACAAUUUUUUUUUGGCAUAUUGAUUCAAGUUGCUGUAAAUCUAAGGAUGUUAAAUGUUUUGAUUAGGUUGUGGCCAAUUUUGUGUCCUGUUUAGCCUUUGGCCAUUGCUAAUGGGCUACGGUAUGUUGUCCCAAAUUAAUGUUCUCUGGUUGUUGUAUUUAUUAAAAAAAAGAAGAAAAAUGCAGCAAAUGUCUUAUAGAUCAAAACAAUUUAAAUAAAUUUUACAUAGCA